GGCAGAGAGUGUGUGAACUGCGGAGCCACGUCCACUCCUCUGUGGCGGCGGGACGGAAGAAGUAGGCCAAUUAGCUGCAGGAAAUUGACUCGACAAGUGCAGUCGGCAGCGAGACGCGCGGGAACCUCGUGUGCAAACUGUCAGACCACGACGACGACGCUGUGGCGGAGGAACGCCAACGGAGACCCGGUGUGUAACGCCUGUGGACUCUACUUCAAACUACACAACAUCAACCGACCUCUGACCAUGAAGAAGGAAGGAAUCCAGACCCGCAACAGGAAGAUGUCCAGCAAGUCCAAGAAGAGCAAAAAGUCCCAGGACAACAUGGACGAUUUCUCCAAGAGCCUGAUGGACAAGAGCAGCUCCUUCAGCCCGGCGGCACUUUCCCGCCACAUGUCGUCCUUCCCGCCCUUCUCGCACUCCGGCCACAUGUUGACCACGCCCACACCCAUGCACCCUUCCUCCAGCCUCCCGUUCGCACCGCACCAUCCCUCCAGUAUGGUCACAGCCAUGGGUUAAAGCCACCAAAACCACGCCCCCUCGGUUCUUCUGCGCUCACGCCCCCUCACCUGCACCGCGGUGUGAAAGUGACAGACUCUUAUUUUUAUAAAAACUUCUGUGAUGUGAAAUCUUCUCAGACUGGACUUCACUGAGCUCCAUCUUCAUCAUCAUCGUCAUCCUCCUCCUCAUCAUCAUCCUCAUCUUCAUCACCAGGUUUUCCUCUCUGAUUCAUUUGUGUACAAAAAGCAAUUUUUUCCCCUCGUCACAGACGUUUUCCACACCCAUCAUUUCCAAACCCCGCCUCUCUUCGCCUGUGUAACAGGUGACCCCGCCCUCACACACACACAGUCGCCCCUCCCCCUUCUUGUUUUCUGCUACAGACUCUGAAUAUAUUUGUACAAAGUGUAUGAAAUACAUUAAAUGAAGACUUUUUAAUUAAGAAGAAAAGAAGCAAACGAGCCCGAGAGACGGUACGAGACACAGCCGGAGGACAGACGGACGUUCACCUGGGACAGACAGGAGGACGAGGAAUAGACUUUAAAAGAAAGCGCAGGCCUCGGGUUUGUUACCUGCGUGAAUUGUGUUGCAUUAAUUUCACAGAAGUUGUGCUUCUGUUUUUAUUUCUGGAUGUGCUUUAGGUCUCGGACUACACACACACACACACACACACACACACACACACACACACACACAGCUGAAAGACUUUGUCCCCGCCCACAGAUUAUAUGCAUUGUGAAAAAAAGUUCCCGUAUUUGUUAUUUGUAUGUAUAAAUCAGAGUACCAAAAAUACGAAAGAAACAAAGAUGUAGAAUUAUUUCUUAUGUGAUGCAGACUGAAUGGUUGUAAAAAUUUAAUAAUAAUAAUCACUUGUGUAAAAUAUGACUUUUUUUCUCCUCUUUGAAAAUAAUAAACUAGUUUAAUCUCUGUUGACAUGGUAA